AUGUUUUAGCUCUGACGUUUCGAUCCUGCGCUUUUGAUAUUUGAAUCCUCAAUUGCUUUGUCUCCGAUCUUGUAUUCCGGUACAUCUGAAGUCUAACAACUAUGUCUCAUGAUUCAUGUCCUUUAGUAAAGAACAUUCUUCUUCUAGACUCUGAAGGAAAGCGUGUGGCUGUCAAGUAUUACUCAGAUGAGUGGUCUACUAAUGCUGCCAAGUUAAGUUUUGAGAAAUAUGUAUUCUCAAAGACCUCUAAGACCAAUGCUCGCACAGAAGCUGAGAUCACACUGUUGGACAAUAAUAUCAUAGUUUAUAAGUUUGCCCAGGACCUUCAUUUCUUUGUUACUGGAGGUGAAAAUGAAAACGAGCUUAUCUUAUCUUCUGUUCUUCAAGGCUUUUUUGAUGCUGUUUCACUUCUUCUGAGGAGCAAUGUCGAAAAGAUGGAAGCCCUUGAGAACUUGGAUCUCAUCUUUCUGUGCCUUGAUGAAAUGGUCGACCAGGGGGUGGUUCUUGAAACGGAUCCAAACGUCAUUGCGGGGAAAGUAGCAAUGCAGAGCACAGAAGCUAGUGGUUCACUCUCUGAACAGACACUAACUCAAGCGCUAGCAACAGCUCGGGAGCAUCUGGCAAGAAGUCUGCUUACAUGAGUUUUAAUCAUGACCACACAUAUUAGAAGAAUGGACUUCAAAUUUCUAUGAUGGGCAACUUUUAUGAGUGAGUUUUGUCUUCCGGUUUCAAAACUUAAUAAAAUCUCUAAUGUUUAUGGUGGAAUGUUUUUUGGAGGAGACUGGAUUAUUGAAGAAGCAAAAUUUGAUUACUCUAA